AAAAAUAUUUACCGCGCAGUUAAAAGUAGAAAAAGGGCGCAGAGGAAAAAGAAGGAGAUCCAGACAGAACCCUUUUUAGAUACUGUUCUGAAGAUUUGUCUGAUUCCGACCUAAUCAAAGAAGCUGUGAAGAAGUAUAAACUGUUUCCGGUUGCAAUCCAUUCCUGCGGGAGGUUUGAUAAUGGGGUUCUUAAAGAAGCUCGCGGGCGUGUUUGGAUUUGGGCAGGAAGCUGUGAAAAGCGAGGAAGACGAUGGAGGAGACGGUACAGUCAUCGAUUCCGGUGACGGAGAUAAGCGGAGGGAGAAUAAUCAGCCGAGAUUUCGCGAAACUGGACUACCCAGGAGAGGAUUCGGAGUUCCGGUUCAAGUCGCCGUGGAAAGGUCUCAACUUGGUCCUCUUCUUCAUCCUUGCUCCGCCGGAGACGGUGGUAUUCAGGGACUAAGGUGGUAUACAAAACGGCUAAGGGUUGAUGAAGAUGGAGAUGUCGCCGAUGAGUUUUUGGAAGAGGGAGACCAACCGGCAAACGCAGAAGAUGAUCAUAGCUCUAAUAAGACAAUGCCAAGGCUUGAGGCGAAACGCAAAACGAAACCUGCUAAAGUAAGAAGACUGGUUGUGUCUUCUGAUGGGAAACUCCAGCAGUGCAUUGAACAUCAAGGAAGAUUACUUUUAGUAUGAAUAUGAUUUGAAACAACAUAGAGAGGUUUGGACAAGCUUUUGUUUCAUCAGCAUUUCAAAACCCUGGUAUCAAACAGAUGGUAACAUGUUGUGUUGAUUACUAAAUUAGAUUUUUUUUUAUUAUUAUUAUUCUUGAGCAAAACAAGACUGGUUUUAUAAAUAGAGACGGACAGAAAUGAUAUUUGGGGUUUGUUUUACAA